AUGUCAGGGGCCGAGCAUCUUAAAGAUGAAGGCACCAAACGACAGGUCGUGCUGGCCGGCGGCAUCGCCGGGUUGAUCUCGCGAUUCUGCAUUGCGCCGCUAGAUGUCGUCAAGAUUCGGUUGCAGCUACAGGUUCACUCAUUGUCAGACCCGAUCUCACACCAAGGGAUCAAUGGUCCAAUUUAUAAGGGGACGCUGUCCACAAUGCGGGCAAUCAUGAAGCAAGAAGGAAUCACCGGUCUUUGGAAAGGCAACAUCCCAGCGGAGAUGAUGUAUGUCUGCUACGGCGCCAUCCAAUUCACCGCGUACCGAGGAACCACACAGGCCCUUGCUCAACUCGGCCCCUAUCGACCCCCUUCGUCGGUCGAAUCCUUCAUAUCUGGUGCUGUCGCAGGUGGAUGUGCCACGGGUGCAACAUACCCACUGGAUCUCCUUCGCACACGAUUUGCCGCACAAGGCUCCGACCGUGUAUACGGCUCAUUGCGGGCUUCGGUGAUGGACAUUGCGCGGCAGGAGGGCCUACCAGGGUUCUUCCGGGGCUGUUCCGCUGCCAUUGCGCAGAUUGUACCUUACAUGGGACUCUUCUUCACAACAUAUGAAGCGCUCCGGCCAGCUUUGACGACCUGGGAUUCACUACCUUUCGGUACAGGGGAUGCUGCUGCUGGAGUGCUUGCGAGUGUUCUGGCCAAGACUGGUGUAUUUCCGCUCGAUCUGGUCCGCAAGCGCUUGCAAGUACAAGGGCCGACAAGGACACGCUAUGUUCAUCGCAAUAUCCCCGAGUAUAAGGGGGUUAUCCAGAGUAUUGCGUUGAUUCUGCGCACGCAAGGUGUUCGGGGGUUAUAUCGUGGGCUGACCGUGAGUUUACUCAAGGCAGCGCCAGCAAGUGCCGUGACCAUGUGGACUUAUGAGCGCACAUUGAGGGCACUGGAAGAGCUUGAGAUUGCACCCGCCACCUGA